GGACCGCAGCGAUCAGCGCACACCGUCGGUAUGGCGCGUACCAUGAGACCCGACGACAUCAACCCUCGGACGGGGCUGGUGGUGGCUCUGGUCAGCGUCUUCCUAGUGUUUGGCUUCAUGUUCACCGUGUCCGGCAUCAAGGGGGAGACCCUGGGGGACAUCCCACUGCUGGCCAUCGGGCCGGCCAUCUGCCUGCCAGGCAUUGCCGCCAUCGCCCUCACCAGAAAGACGGAUGGCUGCACCAAGUGGCCCAAGAACAAGUGUCCAUGCUGUAAGGAGAUCAGGGACCGGGAUGUGAUGGAGCUGCUGAGAACUCCUUCGGACCUGGAAUCUGGCAAGGGAAGCUGCGAUGAACUGGCCAAGAGGGUGUACCAGAAGGACCGGAGAGUGUUGCGGGGUGAGGACUCGGUGUCCAUCUGCACCACCACCACCACAACCACCACAGGAGAAAGCAAGAGCCUCAUCAGAAAGGUGGACCAGGAGGAGAUGCUGAGGUACCUGGAGACCUGCUACCCGGAGAUGCCGGGGAAUGUGUUUGUGGGAGAUAGCUUCACGUACAGUGCCUUAGAGAAGAGCUCUUCUCCCAGCAGGGACAACGCUGCUUGCCCAGACGUCGAAGACAACAUUUUUGUUGCUCCCAAAGACAGUAUCAUAGUCUGCUCUUACAAGGAGAACAGCCCUUACGACAAAUACUGUUGUUACAUAAACCCUACUGGAGUCGCCUCGGACCAGGAGACCAUAGUGUGAACAGUGCAUACUUUAUGUAUAUGUAUGUAUUUAUACAAAAAACUACAACAACUUCUUGAUAGGGGAUAAUAUAGCUGACUGCACUGCAUGGAACAAUCCUGUUACUAUUACAAUUUAACGUGGUAUGUGACUGAUACUCAAACCUUUUGUGCCUGAAAUACUUUCUGUAAGUAAAUAAGCAUGUUUAAAUGUUAAAGAAUUCAAUUUUUCAUUUUGGAAAAAAAAAUCUAUUUCAGUUUUCUGCCCUUUAGUUUUCCUGCUGCUCAUUGUACAAAGACCCACAGACACAGAGCAGGAGGUCAGCAGGGAUUGGGAGCUGAGCCAGGAUUCUGGAGCUGUCUGUAGGAAGGAUGGGAGCCUGGAGAGGUCUUAGCAGUGGUGUUGCUUUGUGUGGGGAGGGAUGGAGAGAUGUCAGCAUGCCCUCCGACCACUGGCUGAUGUUGGGAAGUAUGGAAGCAGUUUGCUUCUUCUUCUUCCUGUCAGAAUUUUAUUUUCCUGUUUCAAGAAAGUGAUGUGCUAACUCUGUGGGCUCUUCUGAAAGUCUUCAGGAGCCACACAGGCUCAGGGGAGUUUUUGGAAGGAUAAUGCAUUAACCAUUGCAUGAAAGAUACAGGUUUAACUCCAAUCCUUACUGAUACCGAGUUCCCUUGAAUGUUUCUAACACUUUUGGAUUUUGUAGGCAUACUUGACAAAGGGAUUGCAGUGUGAUCAUGGCACAGUUCUUGCAGGGAAUAGGAGCAGAUGUCAGUAGAGUCAAGAUCUUAAAAAUAUAUUUCAGUAACUCUUAGGGAAUAGACUUACAUGGGUUUUGCUCAGUGCUGGAUCUGUUGUUCAGAAGAUGUCAUUUUUUAUGUGCCUUUUCUACCUUGCCAUGGCUGAUGAAUGAUCACAGUUCAUACAGGGGUGGAGGGAUCUGAGGACCUGGCUGACAAAUGGUUUUGUUCACUACAUAUAGAUACACAGCACGAGAAAUACAGGGUAAUAGAAUUAACCAUUCAAAACCCGUGGCUUACACACAGAAAUGCAAAUUCUGCCUGUUCUCUCCCACAGAAGAUAGCAUGUUCCAUGUAGUGUAUGAAAUUUUAUCAGCAGCCAUGUAGAUAUCACAGAGACGUGAUAUUGUGUGAUGUGUAUGCUGAACAGCUGCUCCAAGGUCUGAGCCUCUAGUCUAAGAGUUACUAAAGCAUGGAGUCAUUUGCAAGAAGCUCUUGGUUCCUGACUCCUAUAAUUCAUAACCACUGGAAAAAGUUCCUCUGUGAUAGCAGUCCUUACAGUGCUCUCAUUUCAGCAAUUUUCAAUCCGCUGUAACUUGCAUCAGGCAAAAAAAAACCCAACACCUGAAUUAUCCAUGUAGAAAGGAAGAAAUGCAGCCUUUCUCUUGUCACACUCUGAGACACUGUGUAGAAAGUGGCAAUGAGUUUCCCACUGAAAGAAGGUGUUUGCUAGCUUUGCUUACUAUGGUAGAGUUUGGAAAGUGAAGGGCAACUUUAUGCAUCCUCUCAUUUACUUGUUUGGAAACAUAAGUCUGGUUGUCACAGACUAGCAGUCUCUGAAGAGGUCUGGGUUUGGGAAGGGUUUCUUUCUGUCAGAUCAAAAGGGAUGCUUAUGCUGAAGACAGGUGUUGGUGGGACAUCUGGAUGCUAUUAGGAGAAAUUAAGAAACUGCUGGCUAGUCUGAAUCAAGUAAAGCCUCUUCAUAGAUGGUUACAGUACUGUGGGAAUAAAUCAGUGCUCGUACUCUGCACAAUCCAAAUGUCAUCUGCCGAGCAGAGGAAUUUCACUGGAACAGAUCUCUACCUGAGCCGCUCAGCUCUCAGGUCCACAUAAAGCACUCUGCCAUUGUCAGACAGGUCUCCUGCAGGCUCAGCCAUCACGGGACCUUAUUCUGCAAUGUACAGAAGCAGCAUUUUGAUGGCACUGGAAAAUCUGAUUUCAUAGCCUCCUGGAGUCAACAGCUGAACUGCUGUCGAAGUGCCUGGCGAAGAGCAGGGUUCUUCAUUGCACUCUGCUCCCAAGGGGCAGAGCUGAGGUCUCGGCAUGUGCCCAUGGGUGCCCUGCAUCCCUGAGGUCAGACCGCCUGGGGAGAACAGGCUGUUGGGUCCUGAGUGCUGCCUCUGCCCAGGCUGUGAAAAAUCUUCUGCCUUGCAUAAGGCAGCGCAGCGCCAGCCUGCUGGGAACCUAGAUUUGUACACUUCUGCAAAUAUAUAUAGGAAGAGGUCAAGUUUUUCCAUUUUGUCUAGGAUUAGCUGUUCCCUGUCAAAAGUUAUAAGGGUUUUAAGAAGGCGAGGCAGCAAACUCCAGUGACAAAUGGAAUGGUAAAUACAUAACUUGAGAUAUGCAGAUCUAAGGCAUGUGCUUUAUUCCAUUCCUACCCUAAAACCUAGAGAGUAUUUUUAUUAAGAAAAAGUUUAACGGCAGUGAAAUUUUCCCACAGUGUAGGAAGAGGCAUAAAAACGUACAUUUAAAACAAGAUGUUUCCAGGCAAUGUCUUUCCUUCAUCAGACUAAUUGAGCUAAGGUUUUGCAGCAAACUGUGACUGUAGGCAGUAUGUCCCAGCCAGUUCAUCAUAAUCCACUAUAAGGUUUUUAUAAGAGUUUGUAUUGCCUCUCACAUCUCUUUCUCUAUGUAUUUUUUUUUCCAUUCCCUUCUGCUAGCUAAGAGAAAAUGAAAUGGACAUUGAUGAG